AGAGGCGUCCAUGGUCCUUCUGCAAAGAAAGAAAAUGGAAACCAAUCGCACUUAGACAAACAGUCAAGGCUUUUUACAGAGACAUUUAACAAACCCAGUGUGUCCAUCACGGCGACGUAAAGAUCAUAAACCCGCUGUUGAACUGUCUCUGGAGACCACACGUGAACUGCCCCUUCUGCAUCAAUGGAAGGAUCAGACAGCACAGAUCAAAGUGGCACUGACCAACCAGACUCCCAGCGGAGAAGUCAACUGGACCGCCUGGACAGAGAAGAGGCUUUUUACCAGUUUGUUAAUAAUCUCAGCGAUGAGGACUACCGUCUCAUGAGGGACAACAAUCUCCUGGGGACACCAGGUGAGGUGACUGAAGAUGAGCUGAUCAGUAGACUUCAGCAAAUAAAACAUGGUCUGGACCAACAGAAUAAUGCUGCGAGUUUACAGAGUGGAGAAGAUGUUGGCGACCAACCAGGAAACCCUGAGGAGCCUGUCAAUGGAGAUAGUCUUUUAGACUGGCUGAACACAGUGAGGCGCACAGGCAACACUACAAGGACAGGCCAUCGUGGGAAUCAGUCCUGGCGAGCUGUAAGUCAAACCAAUCCAAACAGUGGCGACUUUCGCUUCAGUCUGGAAAUCAGUGUAAACCGUAACUUGGCUGUGGAUGGUGAGCAGGUGACUCCUGAUGGUCAAGAGGAGGAAGUGGAAAAUGCAGAUCCUCCAGCCCCAAUGGAGACAGAUGUUGUAGAAGAACCAGUGGUGGAGGAGUUGGCUGUAAUCGUGGAACCGGAGCCAGAACAUGAACAAGUUUCGCAACAUGUACUUCAAGAACCGCCCUCGGCACCAGAGGUUGCUCUCGUACAAACUCCAUUGUCACCGCCUCCCCCGUCACCUUCUCCACGCAGAGGACAGAGACGACCUCGCAGUCGCAGCCCUGAGCCUCACAGAACAAGGGCACGAACAGCUAGAAGUCGUUCCCCUCUAACACUUGAGCUGCCAUAUGUUCUUCAAACCGUACAUAAUGCCCCUAGCAGCCAAAGCUCAAAUUCUACUAGUAGCAAUCCACCUGUACCUCAGGUUGAGGGCAGUUCUCGGACUCGACAACACAUUUCUGCGAGGCAGAGCCCUCUUGAUGAAGAUCUUCAGCCGCCCCAGGCUUCGGCAGAACCUGCUGCUGAGCCCAUCAACCCUGAUUCUCAGGAGGGGGAGGUCACUGCUGGAGAUGGUGGUGCAACUGGCCGACGCCCUCCGACCAUAAUGCUCGAUCUUCAAGUGCGCCGUGUGCGUCCAGGGGAGUACCGCCAAAGAGACAGCAUCGCAAGCCGCACUCGCUCACGCUCUCAGAACUCAAACAAUACCUUUCUUUACGAAAGCGAGCGCGGUGGUUUCCGCCGGACUUUCUCUCGCUCUGAGCGUGCUGGUGUCAGGACUUACGUUAGCACCAUCCGAAUCCCCAUCAGGCGAAUCUCUGACGCAGGUUUAGGAGAGGCCACAUCGAUGGCACUGCAGUCUAUGAUCCGCCAAAUUAUGACUGGUUUUGGGGAACUUGGCUACCUCAUGGAUUCAGACUCUGACUCGACCGAUUCAAAUCGUGGCGCUAACACUCCGCCAGACAUGGCUGAAGCAGACCUCAGUAAUGGAGAAGCACCCGGUGCUGCUGACCCCGCUGCCCCCGGGGACCAGCAGUCUGCCCCCGAUGGGGCCAGACCACGGACAGUUGAGGGGAAUUCAGAUGAAGGAGAUGCUCCUCCCCCAGCUGCGGGUGGUCGGGCACGGCCCAGGCCCCCCAUAAGUUUUGAGGAGCCCAGUUCUCUUCCUUUCCUUCGCCUCGCCCACUUUUUCCUUCUAAAUGAUGACGACGAAGACCAACCCCAAGGACUAACCAAAGAACAGAUCGAUAACCUCUCCAUGCGCAACUUUGGUGAGAGCGACGCCCUAAAGACUUGCAGUGUUUGCAUAACAGAAUAUGCAGAAGGUAAUAAGCUCCGUAAGCUGCCCUGCUCUCACGAGUACCACGUUCACUGCAUCGAUCGCUGGUUGUCUGAGAAUUCCACAUGUCCCAUUUGCCGCAGAGCUGUCCUGGUGUCGGCCAAUCGGGAGAGUGUGGUUUAGUUUAGCAUGGGGCCUUAAGUCUCAAAUUAAAUUAUGUAGUAUCCAACCUCCAUGAGAGGCUUGACAGAAGUGUUAUGAGUUUUGAAGUUUCUUUCUUACCUUAGGCGAGUUUAUUAUAAUGUAGUAAUACAAUUUGGUUGAGGUGUUUUCAAAACACAGCACUUGCUGCAUUGUACAAGACAUUUGUUAAUAUAACUCAAAUUUAAUCUCACGAUAUGCAUGCUGUCGAAAUCAACCUGUAGUUAACAAGCAGCUAUGCACCUCCAAAGUCACCUGCACCGGCCCGAGCCUCACGAAACUCUGAGGUUUAUGUGUGGAGGCUUUGAGCUGGCUCUUUUGGCUCUUUUGUAUUCUCCCUUUAAAGCCUCAUCAAAGCUGAAUGUUGGUAUUGUUCAGAGUAUUAGCUGUAAAUAUGCUUGUAAAAUAAUUUGGCCAUAAUAAUCUCCCAUAAAUUGGUUUAGCUUCAAAACUCGAUUCUUUUAUAAUAUCAAUAACAUACGUCAUUUUGACAUAUAAAGGUUCUGAUAAACAGAUGUGUUUAUUUCUGGUAUUUUACAUAGUUAUGUACUUUUCUUUGUUCACUUAAAUCUAUAAUGUAUGUAUCAUUAAACAUGUUGACUAAA